AUGGCCACCGACGGCCCCGACCAAGCCCUCUCCGCGUCGCAAGCGUCGUACCUGCCGGACGCGGAAUCGCUCACGCCGCUGGAGCAGGAAGUGCUCGACGAGUACGCGCGGCUGCUGGGCAACAUGAACAACAUGUCUGCGCUCCUCGCCGAGCUGGCUGCGAACCCGUCGGCGGAGAUUCUAGAUGCGCUGAGGGGGCUGGAGAGGAAGACGAGUCUGGUGUUUACGCUGUUGAAGGCGAGUGUGUACAGCAUUGUGUUGAAUACGCAGAUCAGGGAGGAGGAUGGGGGCGCGGAGGGGCAGAGUAUGAUGUGA